GAAUAAAGACCACCUUACUCGAAGUCCGUGACAAGCGACGGUCUCUCCUCCCUUCCCCCCUCUCUCUUGCUCUCCGCCGCCGCUCUCACCCGAAGCAUGACCAGCUCCUCCGCUCCUUCCAAGAAGGUUCUGAGCAAGAUCGCCAGCAAUCGCCUCCAGAAGGAGCUGAAGGAAUGGCAGGCCAAUCCGCCGGCUGGCUUCAAGCAAAAGGCCACCGACAACCUCCAAAGGUGGAUCAUCGAAGUGGUCGGCGCCUCCGGGACGCUUUAUGCCAACGAGACCUACCAGCUUCAGGUCGAUUUCCCCGAGCAUUACCCCAUGGAAGCUCCGCAGGUCAUCUUUCUCCAUCCCGCCCCUCUGCACCCUCAUGUUUAUAGCAAUGGACAUAUAUGUUUAGAUAUACUAUAUGAUUCAUGGUCACCAGCAAUGACUGUAAGUUCUGUUUGUAUUAGCAUUCUAUCCAUGUUAUCAAGCUCGACUGUAAAGCAACGCCCUGAUGAUAAUGACCGGUAUGUCAAGAACUGUAAGAACGGCAGGUCUCCUAAGGAGACUAGGUGGUGGUUCCAUGAUGACAAGGUGUAGGUACAACAGCUUUAGGUGGCAGCCGUUCCCAAAUGGAGCAAUCGAGGGCUCAUGAGCUACUGUAAAUUUGCAUGAGGUGUUUAUAAAGUCUGAUAAGUUGUAUCAUUCCCAACAGAGAGCAAUAAAGCAAUGCAGAGCUAAGGUGUAACGAAAUUGGCUGUGGUAACUUUAUCAGCUUAGCUUCUGGUGAAAUUACUUCUGCUGCUUAUCAAUGCCUUAAGCACAAAGCAGCAAAAACUUGUAUGAAGUGCGAGUUGUGACCUGACCUGAUCUGGCCCAUAUUUAUGAAACUUAUGUUGACUGCAACAGCUAACAGAAGUUCACAUUAUUAUUGGGUUUAAUAAGAACAGUUUGUGUAGCGUAA